CACGGGCAUAUUAUCGGCGAAAUAGAUCAGUGGACGUACCCGCCGGAUGCUUCCGGAUAGCGUCCGGCACCAUAUCGCGUGGAUCAAGUAGCGUAUGGUUGGUCUGUGGCGUAUCCCAUGUGUGCAGUACAAGUUCCACAUCAACGUUGUCGCUGGCAAGUGUGAAUCAACUGGCUUCUGGUGCCACCGAUUUUCAUGCAUGAAGUUUGUGAGUAAUACGGAGGACGCUCGUGCUUAGCGAGCCCAAAUUUGCCGUCAGAAAAUGUCAAAUAACCCGAAUGGUAGUAAUGAGAACUAUUGGCCAGCUAAUAGUCAGCAGCCACCAGCGCAUCAUUACACGCACGCACAGCAUCAACAGCUGCAGCAUCCGCUGCCACAACCGGUGCCGCAGCUGUUAACACAACAUAUGCAGCAACAUCCACAUCCAUACGCAGUUCCAACGGCGCCCGUGGUUCCGUCUUCUGUUGCGGGUUUUUAUCAAAAUGUUCCCGGUAUGGUGGACACUUUUACUGCCAACCCCGCUGUGUACCCGCACCCUCACGGCUCUCAGCAGCUUGGGGAUGAGUAUACGGAUGCGUAUGGGCAAUUGAUAAAAGUGGUCUACAAUCCCUCGCACCAGCCUGCGUCCGGGCCCGGGUUAAUGGCACGUCCGCAGGAUGAGGCCACUCAGAACCAUCCCGGAUCAAACAAACAAGGCUAUGAGUUGUUUUCGAACAACAGUAGUUUUAUGUUGGCCGCACCCGGUUUUGGGUUCACUCUACACAACCCACAACAACAGCAACAGCAACCUCAGCCACCACCACCACCACCGCCCACUACAGAGCACCAACAUCUGCAGCAAACAUCGCACCAGUCAUCGGUCGGCUUAGCGGCCCAGUUCGCUUCCCAGGCGCAUGGAGCAGUCAGUCAACCUGUGCUGCAAACACCCUCCGUACAAUCCACGUCUCCGCUCUCAGUGGACAAUGCGAAUAACAAUACCAGUGAACUGAUCAGUCAACUGGUCGGCAAUUGGGCACCAACGAUCUCCGGUACGUACGGUAAUGGACCUUCCCUUAUCAACGAAACACCCGGCACCGCUUCACCCGUGCUGCUGAACGCGAAUCACGAUCCAGAGGGCAAUAAAGGGACCGCUUCACCGACCAAGGCAGGCGUACUGAAACCUGCCGUAAAUCCGGUUCCUCCUACCAUUACCGGCACGACGGGUUCUUUGCCUGUGUCUUCUGCUUCCUCGCAACCGUGCCCACCGAAGGUAUCUCGAGCGAAUGCGGCCGCCACAACAACAUCGGCGGCAGCGGUGUACAACCAACAGAACGAUGAUAAUUCCGCCAAACUGGAUCAGAACGUGAACAAAAAGCAACGCAUUGUGGCGGAAGUAAAACCGAUGCGUAUGUCAUACUCUGAUGUACUGAGCAAGAACGUAUCCUCAGGAGGUGGUGGAGCGGGAGUAAUAGGGGCUGCUGGAGUCUCGAUGAGCGCUUUUGCCGGGAACGGUAACGGGUCAUCAGCUGUUGUCAACGGCGAUGGUAUGAAUGCUCCUACGGGAAUGGCGGGCAGUGGAGCAAAGCAGACGUUGAUCAACGGUGUUAAUGGGAACGUUAACACGGUGGCGAAAACUUCCGGGAAACGCGAAUCAAAGAAGGGAUCUACAACUAACGGUAGCGAGCGUAAGUUUGGCGCUGCAAACGUGAUCAAUCAAAAGGAUCGUAGCAACGAGGGAUCUUCGAAAAAGAGCGAUCGUAUGAACGGUGGAGGCACGAGUGCAGUGGGCUCCAGUGCUGUUUUAACAAGCGAUGGAGGAAAUGGUAAAACAGAUAGUACCACCGUUUCGAGACAGGGUCAAGAGAAAGGAAAAAAGAACGAGAAGUCUACCUACAGAAAGGACAAAGGAACUACACGUCCCAUUGGCAUUGAGGGAACCGAUUCCGGCUUGUUGGGUAAGGCACGUCGUGCACGCCGGAAUGACGAGUCCGAACUAAAUGGACUCCAGAACGGAGACGACGUGGCACUGCCGAACGAUGAAACCGAGGAGGAACGUGCGGAUGAAUUUUAUGAAGAUGAUUCCGAGGAGUACGAUCAGGAUAGCGUAGAAUCGGAAGCAGGAGCUCAGCUAGGUAACCGAGGAAACGCGAAUGGACAGCAGCAGCAGUCUACUCAGUUUGUGUACAACGUGAAGAAAAACACAAACGGAUCGAAUGAUACACAUAUCGAAAAAAUAAACCCACCCCGCAUGGGAACGUACAGGAAGGGAGGAGGUUCAUCGGGUCGCGGAGCAGGUGCAGGGUCCCGCACAUCCAGCAAACAGCAGCAGCAGCAAGACAAGCUGGCCGGACUGUCCUCAAACGGUGGCAAAAGGUCGAGCCGGUCGCGCAAAAAUCAAAAAUAUGCGUUUUUGGAGAAACUUCUUUUGAAAUGGCUCGAGUACACGGUCCUCGCGAUUCUCUGGCUGUGGUCCCUGGUGAGCGAUGUCGUGUACCUCAGCUUGCGCUUGGCCUGGGACUACGUACUGUCCGGCUAUCAGUAUUGUUGGCAACAUGCGCACACCCUUCGGCAAGAUUUUAGCAAAAACUCGGCACGUCCUGGCGCUUGGUUUCGUGGUGUGUGCCUCGCGUUCGAUAACCGCUUCGAGAAGGAUUCGCGGUGGGCGUUUUGGCGUAGAUGCCGCCGGCAGAAACCAACGCUGGAGACUACGGCCGGAAAGACGGGCACCGGAACGCAGCACUACAAGGAUGGACGGCUACCGUCGACGGCGGAUGAAGCGAUGUCAUCUUUGCUAAACUGCAAAGGCAAGGACGCGUACAGUAUUCUCGGCGUCAGUCCGGAGUGCACCCAGGAACAGAUACGGAAGCACUACAAGAAGAUUGCGGUGCUAGUACACCCGGACAAGAACAAGCAGCCGGGAGCGGAGGAAGCGUUCAAGGUACUUCAGCGGUCGUUUGAGCUGAUCGGAGAACAAGAAAGCCGCAAAGAGUAUGACCAGAGCCUCGCGGAGGCACUGAACGCGGAGAAGGCCUGGUCGGAGAUUAAUGAUCUACUAACCCAACUGCACACGAAAAUAUCCGAGGCCGCAAAUACCAUUAGAUGCAGCAGCUGCUGCCUUCGCCAUCCGCGCAAACCGACCGGACGGGCACACUACGCCGCCAGAGAAUGCAGUUCGUGCAAAAUUCGUCAUCCUGCUCGGGAGGGUGAUAUAUGGGCUGAAACGACUUUCCUCGGUUUCCGCUGGAAGUACCUCGCGAUGAUGGAAGGCAACGUGUACGACAUCACGGAAUGGGCCAACUGCCAGAAGGGUGCCCUUUCGCACCUGCAACCAAAUUCGCACAUCGUACAGUAUCGCAUCGUGCUCGGUAGUAGCUCCCAGCAGCAGCAACAGCAGCAGCAACACCAACAGGCACAACAACAGCAGCAACAUCAGCAACAAGGUCAGCAGCAAGAGAAAGAAUCGAUUGGACGAUCGCGAAAGGAACCAGCAUCAAACGAACCGAAUCUGGACGAUUUUCUGAACAAUAUUUACGCCGGCCAGAACCAGCAAGCAGCAUCUCAGAACGCUUCCUCCCGACGGCGCUAUCGUAGAAACUAGAAUCUGAGCAAGUGUCCCGGUUAUACGAUUUGAUCUGAACAGCGUCGACUUCGGCAGAGCAUGCAGACAUCAUAAAAGCUUCCUUUCUCACUUUACAAAUACAUUCGUUACGGCUUAGUAGCGUCCUCCCGGUCAUGAUAUUCGGUUAUUCUGUCGAUUAUUAGGUCAUCUUGUUUAGUGACUAAACCAAGCCAGUACCGCGCGAUAGUAACACAUUAUCCACUUUAAAUCCCCUUCGUUAGCUCUUUCUGAUUGCUAGCCAGAUUUUCUCAACCUCCGUCGAUUCUAUAGUGUAUCUCACCUUGUAAGAGCCUUAUUUUAUUGUUUUAUUUCCAUUUUCGAUUCCAACCGAUUAAAACGAGCCAAACGCGUUCUGUACGAGUGAAUGAAGUUCUACCCUUCCAAUCCAUUGGUUAAAAUCAGCGCCAAUAGUAGAUGUAUCCCGUUUUAUCGUAUUUCUUUUCGUUCGUUCAAUUGAUCCUUCAAAUUGCCUCUACACGUCCCUACAAAAUAAGAUAAGCGAUGGCGCCCGGAUUCGUGAGAUUAGAAAUGUGGAAAAAAAAUCAGUACAAAAACUUACCGAAAGCCAGCGCCACGACGACGGCAGUCAGUACGAGUCAUUCAGUAUGAGAUCUAUAUAUAUAUACAUAUAUGUUGAUCGCGUUAGCACUUUUUAAAGUGAUUUAUUCAACAUGAAAAACAAAAAAUCUCUUAUCGAAAACUACCACUUCGGAGGAGGAUGAUUCAUCGGCGUUUAUCGCAGCGCGAUGAAUGCUUAGCUUUUGCAAUAUGAAUGUCUAGGCGAACGGUAAUUGAAUCCGAUCGUCCCUCCCCUCAGCGCCAACGCAUGGUUAGAGUGUGUUUAUUCAUGAUAAAGCGAGAUAAUUUCACGUAGUAGUUCUUCUUAUGCAGGUAACGCAUAGUAUAGACAUAUAACCAAUAGAUUAAAAUUAUCAACCAACCAGAGCCAGCGCCGGUAUUGUAAUUCAAAACAAACGAUUGAAUAAAUGUGUCGUGUAU